UCUUCAACCACCCAAAAAGUAUGCUUUGCUUUUCUUUAUUUCAUUUUUUGUAAAAAUAUUAGGUACUUUCAGAUUUAAAUUCUGGUAUUUGGCCUGUAUCUUUUAAAUUUGUAUCAAUCAACCAAAUCUUCAGUGCUUUUCACAAAUUGAAAGUGACUUAUCUGCAAUGGAUGAUAUCCGCACAUUGCGAUUCGACAUUCAGUGGGAUGUUUUCGAGGGGAUGCAAAUAGUUGACAUUAACUCAAAGUACUAUGACAUGGUGAUCGAGUUUAUGUGGAGCCAAUCAUUUCUGAAAAGCCUGGUUUACGAGAGUCUGGGACUGUUCGAUCUGCCGGACAUGAAGGAGACAUAUUCCAAGUAUGUGCGGCACAUUCUGCAAAACGAGUGCUCGGUGAUGAUGAUCAGUGAAGAUGAAACGCAGAUAAGGGCAGUGGGAUUGCUCGAAUGGAUGACCGAGGAAUGGCACUCCUGGGUCUUCUUUCCCUCCUCGUUGCCCAGAAAUCUGUUCCAGCAGAUCAUAAUGAUGAAGAAGAAGCUAAUCGAUGCGACCAAGAAGAACCUGGGCAUCACCACCUACGACUCGCUGAUCGUCCACGAGAUCGCCUUUCCGGAUGAGCUGUACUUCAAUAGGGACUUCCUGAUGACCAUUUUCGACGUUUUUGGGUAUGUGGCCCAGCACAUGCACAUGCCCCGGGUGAGUUUCAUCGCCCUGAGCUCCGUGGACCAGGAGGCCACCAGUAUGAUUGAGUAUGACGAGAUCGGUCGGACCAUCUACUCGAUCUACAAGGUGGGCAAUACCCGACCCUUUGACAUCCUGCGUGAGCUGGACGAGAUGUACGCUCUGCUCUACGAACUCCCAGUUACCCCGAUAUUGAAGUAUGUCGAUAUGCCCGGGUUCGAGGAGUUCCAUGAGGCUCUGGAUGCCAGGUUGGCCAAGGAGGCUGCCGAAAAACGACACGACGACGAGUUUUGAGCUGUUUUACUUUGUGCCAUCCCUAAAUACAUGUCUGCCUACUUUUGGGCUCUACCCUCGAAAUUCCCCCAGCCUCCCAUCUACAAGAACUUUAGUGCAGUCACAAUCAUAGAUUGCGAUUUUUAGAGGGGAGAUAAGGGAACGUUUCCAAGCGGUCGUUGAUAAGCCUAUCAAUACGAUCCCCAUGCCUUUGCGAUAAUAAUAAUACCAUAUGCCUACACGGCGAAAAGUGGUCAGAUAGUCCGACAAAGGAAAAUUUUGUAAAUAUGUUUAGAUGGAACAAAAAUAUAAUAAAUCAAACAUAAAUAUUUGGAACA